AUGUUAACCAAAUCGCUAUCCUUAGGUCACGACGGGCCAGGUCCACCCCCGCUUCCCCGCCUGUUUGUCAACUACUGGCUCCUGACCGAGGCCGAGCUCGACGACAUGGCCACCUUUACCACCAGCGCUGCCCCCGGCUGCGACGAGCGCGACGCCUUGCUCGCCUGGUUCUGGAGGGCAGAGUACGCCGUCCCCGUGCCGUGGGAAGACGGCGCGAGCCUCGAAACGAAACGGAGGAGAUUUGGGCGCUUCAUUGGUCUUAGAGGCUGCGAGAGCCCUCUUGCGGACUGGGAGGAUCGAAGCAGGAUGGAUAUCCCGGGCGAGGACGCCUUGAACAAGGCCAAGUGGUACCGUUGA